GACACUGUAAUAGCAGCGUGCUGUUAUCACCGGUGAAACAGGGCCCUAGUUAAAAAUUCACCUUGUCCUUAUCUGAUACUUUCUUUUUAAAAAGCACAAUAAACUUGUUUUGUUGAACAUAUUCCUUUGACUAUUUCAAUUUGUCAAGAGAGUGCAUACAAAUCACAUUCAUGACUCAGCUUGAGCUCAAUGUUGGGUUGCUUGAGCUUUGGACCCACUUAAGUGGGUGGGUGUGGAAAAUAGUAGUUGCAAAGUGAAAUAUUCUACUUUGAAGUGCACUGUGGCUUGUAUGAGUUGUAUAUUGAAAUUAAACUUUUUGCUGAAGCCACACACUUUCAAGUUUGAUAUCUUUGAUUCAUUGUCACCAUCACCAGCAUCAAAUUCAUUUUACUCUGUACACUGUACCUUUGGAAAUAAUAUGAAUAUUGGUAGCAAGGGGUGAUAAGGUGAUCAGUGAUGAAUGACGCCGACCGGGAGACGAUCCGCAGGCAGCUGCCCAGCCUGCUAGCGUCCGUGCAGCUGUCUGAGGAGCUGCUGGACCAGCUGCAGCGGCUGCGAGUGCUCACGCUCGACUUCCGCGAGGAGCUGGACGUGGAGCCCCGGCCGCGAGAGCGUCUGCGCCGGCUGCUGCUCGAGAUACCGCGCCGCGGACCGGACGCCUUCGACGGCCUGGUGAAGGCCCUGCUGGAGACGGGGCAGCUGGAGCCGGCCAAACUGCUGCGGCCGAGUCUGACCCACGCGGACCUAUCGCCGGCGGCCCUGGCGGCCAUCUCAGCGGCCGCCAUCGCCCGGCAGGCGGCUCAGAGAGCCCCUCACUGCACCCCGACCACCCCAGUCCACCGGCCGCCGCCGGUUCAGGAGCGACCGCCACUGACCGGAGACCGUCCGCCGCCGCCGGCCGCCGGGGACGGCCCCGACGCGCCCGGUCCCAGCCUACACCUGCGGCCCGCAGACACAGUCCGCGGCUCGGAGAGGGACACCUACCGAAUGAUAUCGUCACCCAGAGGUCUGGCGCUCGUCAUCAGCAACAUUAACUUCCGCGACACCGAUAUGCACGAGACGCGUGAGGGUGGCGAGCGAGACGAGGUGGCGCUGCCCUCGCUUCUGGAGCAGCUCGGCUUCGAGGUGCAGUUGGAGAGGGACCUGGACCGUGCGCAGCUUCUGUCCACCAUCAGCGCGUUCGCCAAGCGGCCGGAGCACGGCAUGUACGACAUGGCCGUGCUGGCCGUGCUCACGCACGGUGGACAGCACGUUCUUUACGGUGUCGACUCGCGCACGCUGGGGGUAGAACAGGUGAUCAGCUGUUUCUCGCACGAGGCGGCGCCUCUCCUUACCGGCAAGCCCAAGUGGAUGCUGUUCCAGGCGUGUCGCGGCGCGGAGGGUAACAUUGCGUCGCGGCUGAUGGAUUCGGGCCGUCAGGCAACAGACGGUAAGGCCAUGUCUAGUCCGGUUCAGACGGUAGCGGAGUACGGCGAUAUCUUCCUUACGUACUCGUCAAUCCCUGGAUAUGUGUCGAUGCGAGACCUGGACCACGGCACGUGGCUGGUUCAGGUUCUUUGCCAGGUGUUUGCCGAGCUGGCGCACAGUCAUACACUAUCGGAGCUUCACAUGGUCGUACACGAUCGUAUGGCUAGUAUGGUAACAAGCAGAAAUGAAAAGCAGACCAUCGAGACGGCUCAGCGCGGCUGGUCCAAGAAGCUCUACUUCAAUCCGGGCCUGUAGAUGGCGUGUAGGCCGCUCCACUCGCCUGGGUCGCCUGUGGCAAACUACGUGCAGCCUCUGCUCACUACCUGUGUCUUUACGCCUGGAUCAUGGUGAUGUUUGGUUCCGAGCUCCAGUACGCCAUCGGAUUAUCAUCUUAGCGUCAUUGAUUCGAACAAAUUUAGUGAACAGGAUAAAAAAACGCUACAAAAAAUGCCAACAAUGAACGGGGUGUCAGGUGCGGGCAAUCGUAAUAAUCGCUUACUUAAUUGUGACAUUAUUUGGGGUUUAAGACCAAAACACUAUCCUGAUUAGUUAUGCAGCACGGUAUGUUUAUUUGCUUGAUUUAUGCUACGUUGCUUUGAUUGUUUUAUGUUUUGGAUUGCUAUCGUAUUGCGUUUAGCUGCUAGUGCCAGUAGUUGGUGGAAAGUGUUUCCAGACUUCCAUGUGGCGACUUCCCACAGGGCGGUAAAUGUGUAUACCUCGGAUAAUUCCAUUUGUUCUUGACAACGAUCGCCAGCUCAGCUGUUUUGGUUAGUCCCUUGGGCUUCCGCCGAUUGCUGAUGAUGCGAUCUGUUGAUUCAUGCAGCUUCUUUGUGAUCGCCCGUGUCCGUCUCGGUAUGUGUCCUUGUUUAGGGAUUGUUUAUUGUGACGCCGAGCGCUUUCUCGUGAUCGAUAAUGUAGUGUGUAGCGUCUGAUGGUUCCAAACCAUUCGAGCUGUUGUGGGAUUGAGCAUAUUGCAUAAAGCUUCGAUGGUAUAGUGGAAAGGCCAUUUAAAAGUUCUCUGCAAUCUUCAAGUGCUACGGCUCAUGAUGCAGUGUCAACAUAUCCAUUAUUCGCAGUGACCUUAUGCAAAAUACUGUGCCUGUUGGACCUACCUGGUGCACUACAACUUUCAACUAACCAUUAUGCUGUGAAUGCAAUCAUCCAGCAUACUGAUAUCAAUAUUUUGAUACCGCUUUUAGGCAUUUAACCCACUAUGCGAUUCUUCUGUAUCGCCAUGGGCCUUUGAUUGGUCGUGAUGCACGUGGGACUCCCGUACUGUCCAUUUCCGUGUGAUCGCUCAUGAGUCAUAAAUAUAUUGCCGAUUUCGAAA